AUGUAUCUCCGAGCCGUUCACGCCGAGUCCUCCACCAAGGCUCUCUUCGAAUUCAUCAAAGCCAAUCCCUUGGGUGUUAUCACCACCGCCAUCCCAUCCUCCACACACCACUUCCUCCAAUCCAGCCAUGUGCCAUGGGUCCUGGACGUCUACACCGAUGACCCUGAUGCACCGGUCAAGGGCCGUCUACGAGGCCACAUGGCUCGACAAAACCCCCAAUCUAAAGCCAUGAUGGAAGCAUGCACCAACUCCGGCACGACAAAACUGCAACAGGAUGUUAUGAUUCUCUUCACUGGUUCCCAUCACCACUACGUGACACCCAAGUUUUAUACCGAGACCAAGCCAGACACAGGCAAGGUGGUUCCGACCUGGAACUAUGCUGCUGCACAAGUCUACGGCAAGGCUACUAUUUACUUUGACUCGUCGGCUCCGGAGACAUCAGAGUAUCUUUCGCGGCAGAUUCAUGAUCUUUCGCAAAUGUGCGAAACUUCGGUCAUGGGGUAUACGGGGAAGGAUGGGAAGCCGGGUCCGUGGAGUGUGUCUGAUGCGCCGGAGCGGUAUGUUGAUAUUAUGAAGAAGAAUAUUAUUGGCAUUGAGGUUUCUAUUGAGAGUAUUGGGGGGAAGUUUAAGAUGAGUCAGGAGAUGGGGCAGGGGGAUCGUGAGGGAGUUAUUCAGGGAUUCAAUAAUCUUGGGUCGGAUGUUGGUGCUCAUAUUGCAGGGUUGGUGAAAGAGCGUGGGGAGAUGAAAGAUGCUGAGAAGAAUAAGCAAUGA